ACAUCGUGAAGAUGGCUGGGUUCUUCAGGGCUUAAUGUACAGACAUUAUCAUCUGUGUAUACUAUAUCUUGUUAUGGCAUUGAGUUGCUGUGCGGUGGAUUAAAGAAUUUAUGCACAUUACUGAAAAAUAUUCCCAAAAUAUAAUAGCAUAUGAGAAUCAAUGAUCCACACGAGGUAAGUUACUGUUUACUUUUUGUGUUACUUUUUAUGAUCUCAGCUGUAUUUUAUCUAAUGGAGCAGAUUUUACUUCAUGGAAGUAGGACAUGUGUCUCUGUAUCUUAAAUGAUGUCAACUAGCAAGGAAGGAGAGGAGUUAAAAUACAUGUUAUGGUCCACAGUGGUGAUGGGGGAAGGGACAGGGUUGAAUGGCCCGACGGUCCUCCCAAUACUCCCCCUACUCACCAGAGACUUGAGCUGGGAGAUGGGAAUUCUGGGUAUUGUAGUACAACAAUAGUGUGAAUUUAUAAUCAUAGGCCACUUAAAUUAAAGGCCCUAUAGCAUUUUUUUCUUUUACUUUAUGCGACACCAACUUUGCGACAAAAUGUAUUUUAGUAAACGUGUAUAUUUUCAGACAUGGCUGAUUUUCAACUGCCUGGAUUAAUUGUAAAUAAACUACAAGUCACAUUGUGCUUCACGUUUUGGCGCAUGCGCAGUAGACGCGGAUAUGUAAUAGUCUACUGGUAGAUAUGAGCGGAGAUGGGGAAGGAGCCGCUGUGCAGGUUUUAAACCAUAAUAAAUAAAAACAAUAACUAAUCACGCAUUCUUUUUUCUUUUCUUUUCUUUUCUUUUCUUUUUUUUUAAAUUCUGUAAGUUUGUAAUCUACAAUGUUUGUUGCGGAUGUCGGAAAUAUGGUGGUCUUGCACGAUGCAACAUCUGGACGCUCAUUUUGUCUAGCCAGCUGUUUUGGUUUUGGGCGUUAAAAGAAAGAAAAGAAAGGAAGAUCCUUGUUUGUGUGUGUGUGUGUGUGUGUGUGUGUGUGUGUGUGUGUGUGUGUGUCUUUUGCAAAGCAAAAAAUGCUACGGGACAGCAGCAAACCUUCACUCAUCCAGAAAAUCGCAACCCAAGCACAGGUUACGUUUAAAAACUGCGACGGUAAAGAGUUGUUGGCGAACUUGGCGGAUCUGCGCGCGCUGCUGAGCGACAUCAGGGCCGCAGACCUCAACAUCGCGCCGCCGAAGAAGAAAGGAUCUGGCUCGGGGACGCGAGCGCGCCGCAGAGCUCCAGUCACCUACAUGCACAUCUGCGAGACCCCGACGUUCAGCAUGGGCGUGUUCGCGCUGCGGAGCGGCGUCUCCAUCCCUCUGCAUGACCACCCUGGAAUGAACGGCAUCCUCAAGGUGCUCUACGGCAAGGUACGGAUCCGCUGCUUCGACAAGCUAGACGGGACCCCUGACCCAGAUCCUGACCUUGAGACCGUAUCCGGUGCUGGGAGUGAGGCUGUGCAGAAGGACGCGGUGUGCCUGGCCGCGCUGCGCUCCAGCGGUGAGUUCACGCAGCAGAGCGCGCCGUGCGUGCUGAGCCCCCGCACGGACAACCUGCACCAGAUCGACGCGCUUGACGGACCCGCUGCCUUCCUGGACAUCCUGGCACCGCCGUACGACCCGGAUGACGGCAGGGACUGUCACUACUACCGACUGUUACGCACGGCCAGCAAGAACGGGGAAGAUAAAAAGGACGAGGAGACCGUCUGGCUUUUAGAGGUCCCCCAACCCGAGGAGUUCUGGUGCGGGGGCGAGCCUUACCCCGGCCCAAAAGUUACCCUGUAGGAACUUAUUGCCUUAUUGAAGUGUUGGGCGUAUUUACUUUCUGGGAUGAGACAUGAAGGCUCAGUUACAAUUAGAUUAUAGUAAAUUAAGAACUGUGAUUAGGAUAGAACAAUAGUGCAAACAAUCAGACAACCCGGUGACAUUGGAUCCUUGAUGCACAAUAUGGACAAAACUAGGCUACACUUUCAGAGAAAAAGAGUACUAAACUGUACCUUUCCGUGUGGUUGGCGUUGUACGCUCACCUUUUGCAUCUUGAGUAUGAAACUUUUUACCUAAACAGGUGCAUGUAGUGUGAAAACUACUUAUAGUCAAUUUAAAUCAUUUAAAGGUCUACAAAACAUGUCCCCUUGAGCUUAACACCCGAGCAACAAGGAACGGUACAGCUUAAUCCUACUUUUUUCUAAGUAGAGCCUGUAUAGAUUUGGGCAAAGUGGCAAAUAUAUAUUUGAUAAAACAUAGAACCACACACACACACACACACACACACAUAGAUAGAUAGAUAGAGAGAAAGAUAGAGACAUCCUGUCCUAGUAUAUAGUGUUGCUGUGACUUGCAAAGAUGUUUGAAACAGACACAAAACAGUGAACCGUAUUUACAGCAUUAAACAAUUUAAUAAGGGAUCAUUCAAUAAUGGUUCAAAUGUGACAUAACCUUUUAUCAGUUCAGUUAUAACUGUGACGUUGGGACACGAGCGAUCGUUUACAGACUCGAUAAUCCGUUUAAAUCUUCUUCCUUUUUUUUUCUUUUUUUUUUUUAAAAUGAAAUUUGCACUUGGUCAGUGUUUUACACUACAGACAAAAAGCUGGUAUUUUCUUGAAAACAAACAAAAUCCUGUAUCCUGAUGCAGUAAUCAAUAGAGUCUUAAAGGACAUAUCCUUCACGCCUCAUAUUGUCAUUGAAAUCAAAAUGAGUGAAUUUCGCCGAAAUUAAAUGGUUGGAUUUCAUUUAGCUUCACAGUGAAUGUUUUUGGGUUUUUUUUUUUAAAAAAAAAGGUGUAAACACUAACUAAACUCUAUAACCUUAACCUUUGCAUCUUAUCAUUCUACUUGAACGAGAACCUGUUGAUUACAGACAAUGCCGGAAGGUCAUUUUGACCAAAGUUAUUUAUGUUUGUGGAACAGAAACGCUCAUCUGGCGUUUCCAAGUUCAGUCAGAGCACACACCAUUUAACUCAUUUAACCUUCUGUAAUAGUAUUCCAAAGGUCAAUACUUUCAGUCAUACUAUGGAUAACAACCAGCUUCAAUUUCAGAAAUAAAGGAACCAAAAUGUACUUUCCUCAUCGCUGGUGUGGUCCAAUCAAGAGUACAUCUUUGUACCAUUACUAUGCUACUAUCAUUUACCUGGGAACAUGCAUGUGGUGUACCUUUUCAUUAGCUUACAUGGUUAUUAAUGUCCAAUUAUGUAUCUUAAAAUAUUUUAAAGGUAUAACGUGUUCUAGUACUGAGAUGUAUUUCUAAGCAUCUGCCCAGUGUUUCUCAG